CACAGGGGACGAACACAGCCGUGGGAACUGGGGUCACUUGGACCAGGUGGCUGCACUGCACUGGGUCCAGGACAACAUCGCCAACUUUGGAGGGAACCCAGGCUCUGUGACCAUCUUUGGAGAAUCAUCAGGAGGUGAAAGUGUGUCUGUGCUUGUGCUAUCUCCCUUGGCCAAGAACCUCUUCCACAAGGCCAUUGCUGAGAGUGGUGUGGCCCUCAUGUCUGCUCUGGUGAAGACCAAGAACAUCAGGCCUAUAGCUGAGAAAGUUGCAAUUCUAGCUGGGUGCAAAACCACCACAUCCGCCACCAUGGUUCACUGCCUGCGCCAGAAGACAGAGGAGGAGCUCUUGGAGGUCACGCUGAAACUGGUAAGUGCCUCCUUCUUGGGCUCCACCCCAU